AUGUCACAACACACCACUGCUAUGGCAUAUCGUCCUGAAGAUCAAAAUACAGCAACAGCAACAGCAGCCACUGGUCCCAACCACAUGAUGUCGUAUGGACUCCUUCAUCCACCGCUUCUUUCUUCAACUUCUUCACCCACAGCCAAUCCACCACCAUCACAACAUCAUCCUCCACCACCAUCAUCCUGGAAUAUGGAUCCAUCAAUUGCUGCCACAGGUGGUGCACCUACUCCUACUACUCCUACUACCACAACAGCUACCACUACAUCAUCGUCAUCAUCGACGACUACCAAACCAGCUAAUCCAAAUGGGUCAUCAUCCUCAACCAGCAACACAUCACUCAAUGUAGCUGGAGCUGAUCCAAACAAACAAUACCAUGCCGAGUGGGGUGUUAUGAAGGAACAGGAUUUCCAUCCACUCACUCUUAAGCAUCAACGAGAUCUCGAAAACCACUAUCAAACCGGCAACGUUAUCGCUGACUUUUACUUCUGGCAGGCCAAUUUGGGAGGAUAUUGUAUGGCUGAUAUGGUGCAAAACAUUGUCGUCUCGUCUGAAGGCGUCUUUGUACUCGUACGUCGUAUUGUUGAAGGUGCUGCUCAUCCUGGUCGCAGAAAAAAGAAACAACAACCAACACAACAACCCCGUGAAGCAUGA